AUGGCGCUGGCGCUGGCGCAAUUGUAGAACACUAUAACAGCCUAAUAGCCUAAAUGGUUGAAUGUUUAAUUAGGAAUAUUAUUAGUAUUAGUGUAAAAUAACAAUGUAUUGUGAUGAUGUGGGCAUGGGCAGCCUAAUAUUGAACCGGUGUUUUAAAGAAUCUGCAGUGUCCGUUUUUUAAUAUGAUAGGCCUAGGCCAAGGCCUAGUUUAAUUUUCCAAAACUAGCCUAGAUAACAGUUUAAAUUAGGAUCAAAGUAAAAAGGUUUGAAGGGCUGGAAGCUGUAAUGUUUACUUAAGUUAGUACCAAAUAAAUUAUUGUCUAAGCCUACUAAGAGUGGCGGGGAUUGAAUUCUUAUUAUAAAAAAUGGAACAUUUAUGCAGGCUUUGCGGGUCCGAAGAAGGGAUCAAAGUAGACAUUUUUGAACAUGGAUCUGAUCGUGCAAAGAAGAUCAACAACGUUUUGCCUGUUACUGUGCUGGAACACGAUUCAUUCCCUAAACAAAUUUGUCACCACUGUUCAUACAAGGUUGAGCAGUUUUAUGAAUUUUACAUCAAUUCAAGUAAAACUCAAGAAAUGCUAAGGAACAAGGUUCCUUGGCUAAAAGGCAAAAAGGUGACCCGCAAGCCUGUCAUGGUUCCUCCAAUGGUGACAGUCCCUAACCAUCUAGUGAAUGUAGUGGCUCCUCAAGCAGACAAAACCAUUCAGUUAAAUGGAGAAGGUGAUGAAGAUUAUGCAAUUGUGAUUGAUGACUCUCCCAAUGAUGAUUCUACCAACGGCGCAGGUAGUGAAAAUACGGGAGAUGAAGAGUCAAACAAGACUCUAAACAAACGUAAAAGAACUAAAUCCAAAUCCUUAUGGGAAACGAAAAAAAGGAAGAAAAGAAGCCGUAAACCUUGCAGGAUUGCAGAAGUCUUUUCAACUAAUGAAGAAGCUUAUCAAAACUUGAACAACGAAAAUGAUCCCCUCCAUCAAUCUCUGGUUGAAAGUAUGAAGAAUAAGUCAUUGAACAAUAUCGUUGAAAAUAGCUCCUGCACUGUCAACAGCCCCAAAAGUGACCGGAGUGUUGAAAAGGGAAUACUGACGGAUGACAAUACUGAUAAUACUGACAAUAUAGCUUUACCAAAAUAUAUCUUGACCACCAAACUACCUCGCGUGGGCAAUAUUUAUACCUGUGAGAGAUGUGGUACAACGUUCCUUAAUCCACAAGCCGUUACCAAACACAGAUGUGGCAACCAAAGUCAAAGUCCAGUCCGAGAGGAGAGGCCAAUAGAGACCUCUCCACAACAUCACCUGGAAGACCUUGAGAGAAACACAGUCACUUUUUACUAUUGUAAUGAGUGUAAUGAUGUGUUCACAAGGCAGUCACAGCUCAUCUCACACAAGAAGAAGCACAACAUUCAAACGGAGUCUUCCUCUGAUGACAGUUUCAAACCUUUCAACAGACGUAAAAAACAUCACAAGAAAAUGAGACAUAAACGAAGACUGUUAGAUUCAAAUCACCACAAGAACAACACAUAUGAGAAGACUGAAUCUGACUGCAUCAACUUGGAUGCUGUCCAAUCAAACAUCACCAGACAUUCCCUCCUGUCCUCCGACUCAGAAUAAGUAGUCAAACUACAUCACGAUUUCGCAGGUCGAAAAUCUUCUAAGAAUAACUAAGUAAAGACUUUGGUUGAAAAUGUUUAUCAAUAAGAGUAUGAGUACCUAUAAUAGUUUUAAUGUUUAAAAAUGAUGUGUAAUCUCAGAUUAUUAUGUUUGUUACUUUGAUCAUAUUAAUAUGUAUCUUAAUCAAUGUUGCACCAGUUUGUUAAAUGUUUAUUAUUUUAUCACUGUUUAUUUAUGUUAUUUUUAUUUAAAUAGAAUGUCAAAACUACUAACCUUAAUUCGUCAAUACAUAGUAGUAAAAAAUGUUACAGUACUACUAUUAUAUAAUAUAUAGCAGCCCAAAGUAAUAACGCACAAAUAAAGAAUGUUCGGUGAAUCAAAACGUAAUUACUAUGAGUGUAAAAAUACAGUGUGUAAAUUAUGGUUUAAAUUUUACUCGAGGAAAAAUUCCUUUGUCGUUUAAAUGUGGCAUGAAUAUAAUAUAAAAGGUAACAUUAUUAUUAAAGGUCAGGGGCAAAUUAUUUCAUUAGGAGCUACUAAAUAUGAGUAUUAGGAGUACCUACUUUUUUUACCACAAAGGAAAUAUAAAACACACUUUAUUUCAGCUUCAGCUAUAUUUGAUGCGUUUGCAGCCAGUUUGUCCACUCUUGUCAUUACUUAUUGGAUUUCGAUUAGCAUUAGUCCUAUUACUACUUCGUUCUAAUUAAAUUUAAAUAACAAAUUGAGUCCUUUAUCCUAGUCAAAGACGAAUUGAGGUUAACCUGUGAAUUACUUUUAAUAAUUGGGGUAAGUGUAACCAGGGCAAGUAUAACCACAGCUUAUCAUUUAAGUUUAGGUGCUGAUUGUAAAUUCAAACUCGAGGUUUGUAUGUUUUUGUUAAUCAGAAACAAUGACACUAGCACUUAUCGUAAAGAAUUUUAAUUGUUUUAACAAUUUUUUAGUUACUUUUAAUGAUUCUAUGUUGAUUGGAAAAAUCAUUUAUGUACAGAACAUUUUAUGUACAGAAUAAUUUAUGUACAGAAUAGUUUUAACAAAUGUAUCAAUAUUUUUGUUUUAAUGUUUUUGUUAUCUUAAUGAAAGAAAAAAAUAUUUUUAAUGGAAGAGUAAAACAUUUUUUAUAAUAA